CAGCAGCCAACGCACAUGAGCUUCUGUAGUGUUAACAUAAUGUCUUUCUCAUUGUUGGCUGCUUGUGAUUUAAGUAAUCCAUGCAAUGUACUUUUACACAGUUUUUUAGGCUGGCACGUGGGCUGUAAAUUAUGAGUGAUUAUAAUAAAAACGAUAUCACCACAGCACAGCGUGGCUACAAACGCUACCUGGCUGACCAAAUGGCUGUUCCAGGAAGAACACUUAGACGAUGGAAAAGGAUAAGGAACAAGGAACAAUCAAGUCAAGCAGAAACAACGGGUUCUUUAACACAUGACGAGAUUCGUACUGUAAGCAACAUUGAAGAUGAUGACAGUCUAGAAACUGAUGAAGACGUUGAUGUACCAGAAUCCAGUAAUCUAUCAGAAGAACGGGAACCUGAAAUAACCCCAAAUGAACAGGAGAAUGCAGAUCUUGAGUCAAUUACCACGGAACAGGACAUUGAGAAUCCUGGCAGUGAACCUUUUCAUUCUCUUGAUGAAUCUACACAAGAAAAGUACCUGCAAGAGGAUGACAAAGUGUAUUCGUCUCAACAACAGAAUGGCCUGCUGCUCAUGGCAUUGAAAAUGAAGCACAAGCUUACCAAGGAAGCAGUCUCUGACAUGCUGGACAUUAUUAAUCUAUUGGCUGGUAAAGGCACUGUACCACAAUCUUGGUACCACUUAGAAAAACCGUUUGAAGGUUUAAAAUAUUUUGUAGAAAUACAUUAUGUUUGCAAUUUCUGUGAAUCUUACUUAGGUAAAGAAACGCACUUACUGUGAGAAAGAAUGGAUAGAGCAAAGGAGUCUGAAAGAAGGAAACUUUUUCUUUCAUUUGCCUUUACAUGCACAGAUCAAAGCAUUUUUAGAGGACCCUGAAUUGUCACAAAAGGUAGUAAGAAAUAGACAUGGCUUCCAGUCACAGACAUUCUGUGACAUAACAUUGUUUAUGCCAGCUGGUACACAGAUAGUGACCAGGCAUCCUGCAUUCCUUUUGCUAUGAAAAUGUUCUUUCAGAUCUUACACUGUAUAGAUAGGAACUCCCGUUCUCUCACCACGGCUAACUUGGUUCGAGGAACUACAGUUCCUUUCGAUUUAUGAAAAACGCCACAGGUACAAUUGUAAUAAUGUUGUAUAUAAAAGGCAGUUGUUAAAAUUCUUGUUAAAUUUUAGCCUCUGCUUAUACAUGUUUCAAACUACCAUGUGUUUUUUCUGUGCAAUGUAUUUGACCUACAAAUGUACAAUAAACAGUAAGAAAGUCUAAUGUUUUUCAUGUUGUUUUUUUAAAGCUAUUAUUUGCUUUUUUAUUUUAAUUUUUAAGUGAUAUGCAGUUAAAAUUCUAGCUCUGGCCCACAUGCAGUAUAGUAUGU